UCCUCCUCCUUCAGACGCCCCCUUUCUCUUCCCCCUUCUGUCCUCCCUCCUUCUCACCGCUGGGGUCCAAGAUUCUUUGGCUUCCCGCUGUGAUGAAUGUUAGUCAUGAGGAGUCUCCUAAGUCCUCCAUUAUCUCCUCCGACAUCCCCCCUUUUUUUUCCUCUUUGGUCUCCUUAAAUCAUCUGGACAACUUGUCCUCUUCCUCCUUCUUUUCCUUGAAUCAGUUUCCCCGUCUCCUCCAUCAUCUCAUCAUAACACCCUCCAGCUCUUUUGUCUUCUUCAUGAUGAAUGUUUUUCUUGUGGACCUCCCUUCAUGGUCUCUGUUACUCCUUCUUUGUCUUUGUCCUCUUUGUUUCCUCCUUUCUUUGUAUCCUUCGUCAUCUUACAUCAAUCUCUCCUUCUUCCCAAAACUUGUAAUGAAUGUUUGUCAGAGCUCCAAACUGCUGUUUCUUCCUUCAUAAUCUCCUCCAUCCCUCCAUCCCUCAUCCCUCCUUCCUCCUUCCUUCCUUCCUUCCUUCGUGCCUUGAUGAAUGUUUCGAGGAGGAUUUCAGAGUGGAGGAGUUCCAUCUUCUCGUCGUAUUGUUUGAGGGAAAAAGAUAAACUUAAUUUACAUCAGAUCCAGGCUGCCAUGAACAAUUAUGUUUUCUCUCUCUCUCUCUCUCUCUCUCUCUCUCUCCACAGUUCGGUGGCGGUGUUGAAGGACUGUAUGAAGAACAAAAGUCUGGUUCCUUUCUUCCAGGAGAGACAGACGACUCUGAACCAUUCGUUACCUCUGGAGACGUACCUGUUAAAACCAGUGCAGAGGAUCCUCAAGUACCACCUGCUACUACAGGAACUUUCUAAACACUUUGACAAGAGCGACCCUGGGUAUGAGGUCAUCGAGGACGCCAUCAUCACCAUGACAGCGGUGGCCUGGUACAUCAACGACAUGAAGAGGAAGCAAGAGCACGCUGUGAGACUGCAGGAGAUCGAGUCCCUGCUGGUGAACUGGAGCGGGCCGGACCUCGGCGGGUUCGGAGAGCUGGUUCUGGAAGGUUCCUUCAGGGUCCACAGGAUGAAGAAGGAGAGAGCCUUCUUCCUGUUUGACACCAUGCUGCUGAUCGCCAAGAAGAGGCUGGAGCAGUUCGUCUACAGCACGCAUAUAUUUUGCUGUAAUCUGCUGCUGGUGGAGACCCUGAAGGACUCUCUCUGCUUCAAAGUGUCCGAUCAGACAAUUCCCAAACAGCAGCACGUCGUCCAGACAAAGAACCAGGAGGAGAAGAGACUUUGGGUUCACUACCUCAAGAGACUGAUCGUAGAGAACCAUCCUGCUUCUCUACCACAGAAGGUAAGGAGGCAAGGGAAGGAAAGGAGGCAAGGGAAGGAAAGGAGGAAGAAAAAGAAGGAGGGAGAAAGAAAGGUAAUGAGGGAUGAAGGAAGGAAAGAAGAACAGAAAUGAUAGAGGUAGGAAGAAAGGCUAU